AAAAUAGUGAAAGAACUCAACCUCUAAAUCCAGCCUUUAGCGCACGCUCUCCGCUCCUUCUCUCUCUCACACCCCCUCUGCACCGCCUGGGUGACGUACUGAAUUCUCCCAAGAGAAAAUAUCCAUUAUGUUACGUUUCAGACCAAACCCUCCACUGCUUUUCGUUUUCCUUUUCUUAUCGUUUUUCUUGUUGAUAGAUGGCAGUGCCGAAGCCUACGAUACCCACAGUUUCAAAGCCCCAGGGUUUCUCUUAAGUGAGGCUGAGAGAGAGUUUAGAGGGGUGUUGCCAUGGCUCACAAAACGGAGGAGUCUUGCAGAUGGAAAUGGAGACAACUCGUCUCUGAUUCUGGCUGCGGAUAGGACUUACCGGACAGACCCUCUUGAUCAUUUCAAAAAAUACACUGGUGGCUGGAAUAUCAGCAAUGUUCACUACUGGGCUUCAGUGGUUACUACAGCAUUGCCUUUCUUUGUCAUCGCUGCAGUCUGGUUCGUGAUUUUUGCAAUAUGCCUGUUCAUCAUAUGCAUCCGCCAUUGCUGCUGCCAAAUUGUACCUUAUGGCUAUUCUCGGACAGCUUAUGCCCUGUCUCUUAUAUUCCUCAUAUUCUUUACCAUUGCUGCGAUUGUUGGAUGCGUUGUGCUGUACACUGGUCAGGGGAAAUUUCACAGCAGUACAACAAGCACACUGGAUUUUGUUGUGUAUCAGGCAAAUGUUACAGUUGAAAACCUCAGGAAUGUGUCAGAUUAUCUUGCUGCAGCUAAGACAGUUGAUGUGGCUUCUGUUCUUCUCUCAACAGAUGUCCAAAGAACCAUUGACAGUACUGAAACAAAGAUUAACUCUUCUGCUGCAACUCUUUCCACAAAAACGCAGGAAAAUUCAAAGGACAUUCGGCAUGGAUUGGAUAGCAUGAGAUUGUCUCUUAUUAUUGUUGCUGCUGUUAUGCUGUUUUUGGCAUUUCUUGGAUUUUUGCUCUCAAUUUUUGGAUUGCAGUGUUUAGUUUACUCCCUGGUGAUCCUUGGGUGGAUUCUUGUUGCUGGCACAUUUAUUUUGUGUGGAGUUUUUCAUCUCAUCCACAAUGUGGUUGCAGAUACAUGUGUUGCAAUGGAUGAAUGGGUUCAGAACCCCACUGCCCAUACAGCAUUAGAUGAUAUUCUCCCAUGUGUGGACAAUGCAACUGCUCAAGAGACAUUGCUACGAACCAAGAAUGUCACUUACCACCUAGUAAACGUGGUGAAUGGCAUUAUCUCCAAUGUCAGCAACAAGAAUUACCCAGCAUCUGCUGGACCUUUAUAUUUCAAUCAGUCCGGACCCCUGAUGCCACUUCUUUGCAACCCGUUUAAUUCUGAUCUCACAGAUCGGCAGUGUGUAUCUGGCGAGUUGGACUUGUCCAAUUCUACAAACGUUUGGAGGAAUUAUACUUGUCAGAUUUCCUCAUCUGGGAUCUGCACUACACCUGGCCGGUUGACACCCCAAAUUUACUCACAAAUGACAGCUGCUGUGAAUGUAAGUUAUGGUUUGUAUCACUAUGGACCAUUCCUAAUCAAUCUGGAAGACUGCACCUUUGUGCGAAAUGCAUUCUCAACUAUCAGCAGUAAAUACUGUCCUGGCUUACGGCACUACAGUCAAUGGAUCUACAUCGGUUUGGUAAUGGUAUCUGCUGCUGUGAUGCUGUCAUUGAUUUUCUGGGUAAUCUAUGCGAGAGAGCGAAGGCACCGGGUGUAUGCUAAACAGUUUAUGACCUGACCGCCAGAAGAACAAGACAAGGGCUCAUAGAUGUCCAAAGGUCGGUUGUUUUUACCUGUAUGUUUUAGGUAUAAACAGUAUAAUACCUUAGGCCUAAAUCAUUUGAACAUGAGAUGUUUAUUAGUUAAGAGUUUGGAACCUCUCUUCUGGGGGAAGAAUGACUUGAGCAUUUCAGUAGUCCCGUAGGGGUCCAUUACUGUUAGAUUUUCUCCUAGUUGCUGGUAGAACUGACUGGAGGGCGGUUUACCGUCGGACACUCCCUCUGUUGGUAUUUACCUGUUAGUGCCUUGAAGUAAUUCUGUAUUUAACUUUAGAUUAUACUUCUAUAUGGAAUAGCAUCUGUAGCAAUUGAAUUAUUU